AUGAACCUGAACGGCAAGAUCACCAGCGGGUGUACGGUCCAUCUCCCCGAAGCACGAGAGGGCGACUUUGUCUUGUUUGUGACACGAGAAGAAUGGGACAGUCUCCGCGCUGUGAGAGCUCCGGUUUUCCUGUGUCCAAAACGUGGACGGAUCGACUUUAUCAGCCGGGAAAAGUAUCGUCAGGCUGUGGUGCAUUGGUAUGAGCAGUCCGAGGAUCAUUUUCAUUUGCCUGGUGCUGUGCAGUAUACCGGUACUACUCGUGCCAUUGAAUCGAAGACGAUGACGACAACAAGAAAUGUCUGGUAUCGAAACAAGUUCUUUCCGCAGGUGACAGUCUUUGUUGCGCUGGCCAUCAUGGCAGCCAUGAAGAUGAUCGAAGCCAAGGGCGUGGCAUACUGCAACGACAUUGCAGCCAAAACGAAGGUUCAGAAAAGCGUUCUCCUCCUGGCAGUGGCCUUGCUUAUUCCUCUCACCACGCUUCUUUGUCAUAAUGAUGCGCUCCAAUUUGGAAGACGGAAAAGGACAAAGGUUGUCAAGAAACAAACAUAA